AUGGCGGCAGCAUUCGGUCCACCUUCGAGAUCCUCAAAGGCAAAUGCAACGUCUUCGUAUAGAUUAUUAUCGACAGAUAGAUCGAAAAAAAGCACGGCAAUAACAAAAACAAAGACAGUUGAAGACGUAAUUGAUCCAGUCGAACAACGUAUUAAUCAGAUUAACAUGCAUCUAUUAAGCGGAAAAGCUCCACGGCAUGUUAUACCUGCAGAACCGACGCUUGUCUUCCAGAGAUUUCUGUUUUUAGGUGGAUUGAAAUCCUUAAAUGACAAAGAUUAUCUCACACGUUUAAACAUCACUCAUAUAAUAUCAGUUGUUUGGAUUCAACCGAGAGCGGCUUGCAUCACGUCAACUAUGAAACACCUUUUCAUCAAAGCGGAUGAUUGUACUUCAUUCGAUAUGUCUCCGUAUUUCGAGCAAACUUGUCAGUUUAUAGACGAAGCGCGACAGGCUGGCGGUCGUGUACUUGUUCAUUGUGCUUGUGGAGUAUCCCGUUCGUCGACGAUCUGUUGUGCAUAUUUAAUCAGACACCAUUCGAUGUCUGUUGAGGAAGCACUCAUUCACCUUCGAUCACGGCGUCAUAUCAUUCGACCGAAUGCUGCUUUUCUCCGUCAGUUAAUUCAGUACAGUGAACUAAUCGAUACUUACAAAAGACGAAUAGAUGAAAAUUGA